CAAGGCAGGACUCGUCGUUUCGUGGCACAUUUUUCUGAUCCGUUCAUCGAAUCACAAUCUCUCUCUCUCUCUUUCUAUACGAUGCCUUCAAAAUCCAGUCCCCCAAUUAUAUAAAUAUUCCCCAAAUCGCCAUUUUCGCCACUCUCUCUGCAGCAAUCAAAAACCAGGAGGCCCCGUAGCCCACAGAGAGUUCUCUUGGUCCUUUGCCUUCUCUUUCCUGCUCGCUCGCGUCUUCCCCUCUCGAGGAAAGUUUCCAUUUCCAGAAAUUAACGCCUGAGACUGGAGCUCGAGAAGAAAAGGAUCAUUUAUGGAGGUCGACGCAGGAAGAGGUUUGGGAUGCCAGAAGACUAUGGAUGGGAAGGCGAGUAACGGGUUUGUUUCAGAUAAGGGGAUCCCUUCUUGUUGCUUAAAGGCUAGGGCUUCAGCCCCUGAGCUCGAGGCAAAGUGCCAUUCUACUGUUGUCUCUGGGUGGUUCUCAGAACCUCAGUCCGUUUCUGGUCAUUAUCUAUAUAAGGGAAGCAAAAUGGUCUACUUCAACAAUCCCAUGUGGCCCGGGGAAGCACAUUCCCUCCAAGUAGAGUCUAUAUUAUUUAAGAGACAGUCGGAGUACCAAGAAGUGGUCGUUUUCAAGUCUUCUACAUAUGGAAAAGUGCUUGUUUUAGAUGGUAUUGUCCAGUUAACCGAGAAAGAUGAGUGUGCCUACCAGGAGAUGAUAGCUCAUCUGCCCCUCUGUUCAAUUCCAUCUCCCAAAACGGUUCUUGUUGUUGGUGGUGGUGAUGGUGGAGUUCUAAGAGAAAUCGCUCGCCACAACUCUGUAGAGCAUAUAGAUAUAUGUGAGAUAGAUAAGAUGGUCAUUGAUGUGUCUAAGGAGUUUUUUCCUGAGUUAGCUAUAGGAUUUGAAGAUCCCCGUGUCCACCUUCACGUUGGUGAUGCUGUCGAAUUCCUACGGCAUGCACCAGAAGGGAAAUACGACGCAAUCAUUGUUGAUUCCUCGGACCCUGUUGGUCCCGCGCAGGAGCUAGUUGAGAAGCCAUUUUUUAAUACGAUAGCUAAAGCAUUGAGACCUGGUGGUGUCCUUUGUAAUAUGGCAGAAAGUAUGUGGCUACAUACACAUCUUAUUCAAGACAUGAUCUCUAUUUGCCAUGAAACUUUCAAAGGAUCUGUUCAUUAUGCAUGGGCGAGCGUUCCGACUUAUCCAAGUGGUGUCAUAGGUUUUGUGCUGUGCUCAACUGAAGGGCCACCUGUUGAUUUUAAGAAUCCUAUCAAUCCCAUUGAAAAGUUGGAAGGUGCAGUCAAGCAUAAAAGAGAACUUAAGUUUUACAACUCAGAGAUGCACUCGGCUGCUUUUGCCCUGCCAUCAUUUCUGAAGAGGGAGGUGAAGGCGCUUGGUGAUUCUCCGAACCCUGCGCAAAAAUGAGUAUGUUAUAGGAGGCAACAUCGAGUCAUUUUCUGUUCAGUUUUUACUAGUAAUGAAAACGAUCCUACAUGGCAGAGUGUAUUCUUGGUAUUUACGGUACUCGGGGAUUAGAAGAAGCCCCAAAACUCUACUUUUGUGGCAUUAUUAUAACUUAUCAUAGUAGUAAUUAUCUUCUUUGAGGAUAAAACUUGUGUAUGACAACUUAUUGCUGAGUUGAUUGGUGAUAUGAGGUAAUGCAUUUAAAAUAUAAAUGUCUC